AUGCUCUCCGGCCCAGCCUGCAGUAUUGCGUCUCUUUCCCUCUCUACCUAGGAAGUCAUCUUCUACCUCCUACCUUCAUCAUAAUGGGGAGAGGUUUUGCUUUUAUGACACAACAAUUCUGCAAUUAGAUGUUCAAAAGAUAUAUAAUAAGUAACUCUCCUCCAUCAUGGUCACCUCUUCAAAAAAAUCAUGUCUGAGAGGUUGUUGUUAACAGCACUGAAGGGCGGUAGUAACACGAAGAUCAUCACUUUGAACGGGAAGAGGAUGACAAGGAUGCCCUCAGCACUAGAAAAGCUGCCCGGUCUGAGGAUUCUGAACCUUCAAAAUAAUCUCAUCCACGAAGUGUGCCCAGAGCUAAGAACCUUGACCAAGUUGACAUUGCUUAAUCUGGGAAACAACCUUUUCGAAGAAAUUCCUGAAGAGAUGAAAUACCUUACCUCCCUGAAGAAACUUCAUUUAUUUGGGAACAGGAUUUGUAGUAUUGCUACUGGAGUCUGUGAUGGCUUGCAAGAGUUGGUUCUGCUUAAUCUAAACGACAACCGACUUAAGAGUCUUCCUCAAGAAGUUGGCAGGCUAAGGAAUCUUACCUACCUAAGCAUCAAUCAUAACCAGCUCACUGGGAUCCCGACAGAGCUUUGCUCCAUUCAGAGUCUUUCUGAACUGCACCUCAACUACAAUCAGCUCAUGGGCAUCCCUGAAGAGAUUAAGCUCUUGCGGAAUCUUCAGCAGCUUUUUCUGGUCAGGAACAACAUUGAAGCUUUGCCAGAGGGACUUUGUCAUCUUAAAAAACUAAGAAUCCUGGACAUAGCUGGAAACGUUAUUCAGAUAUUUCCAGCAGGUUUUCAGAAUCUAAAACUGAGGGAGUUCUACUGUGAGGGAAACCCACUCUUCCUGAAGCGGCCAAUCACCGCCAUACGACCUAAAGACGUCUGGACUCUACGGGAAAUAGCAGCAAGAUUUGUCCUCGGUCAGUUAGACAAAAAGAAUCAUUUGAUUAUGAAUGCCAUAGAGCGUUAUCCAGAGACCAAAGACAAACUCUCCAAAGCAAGGCGGUGUCCACUGUGCAGAAAACCCUUUUUAUCCGAAUGGCUGGAAUGUGUCCGGUUUGUUUCCCCAUCAAAGAACUGGAAGAUAAGCAGGAACCUACAUCUGAUACCUCUGCGGAUAUUGCUUUGUUCCUACCAAUGCUUCGACCGGCGUGGUCCUAAUCUCUUUGGAAUUGCUCAAGAGUAGAGCAGUUGAGAUAUUCCUUCACAGCCUCAAGGGCAGCUCGUGUUUCACUGCUAAUGCCAUUCUCAAUCUGCUCCCUUCCAAGCCAUGAAACAAAGGAAGAUGAGUUGUUAAACUCACACUAUAAGCACUGCAGUUGGCCUCUAGGAUGGCUCUGUUUCUAGAUGUUUCUAUUGGCUUAGAACAAACUUCAAAGUGGGGAAAAUUAAUCUGCAUGGCACCCGAA